GAGGAAUGUCCCUGCUGGCGCGGGCCUGCUCCAGAGCGCGAGCGGCGGCGGAGCGGGGCGGAGCGGCUGCGGCCCCGCGCGGCACCGACCCCUGAUCCGGACCUCCGAUCCGUCCCGCACCCACCCCGCGCCGCCGCCAUGUACGACCCCCAGCGCGGCUGGAGCCUGUCCUUCUCGGGCUGCGGAUUCCUGGGCUUCUAUCACAUCGGGGCGACCCGCUGCCUGAGCGAGCGCGCCCCGCACCUCCUGCGCGACGCCCGCAUGUUCUUCGGCGCCUCGAGCGGGGCGCUGCACUGUGUCUCCUACAUCUCCGGGAUGUCGCUGGACCUUAUUCUGCAGAUCCUCAUGGACUUAGUCAGGAUGGCCAGAAGAAAGAACAUUGGUGUCUUCCAUCCGUCCUUCAACGUAACCAAACAUAUCCGAGACAAUCUCUACAAAUACCUCCCAGCUGACGCCCACAAACUCAUCUCCGGCAAAGUCUGCAUCUCGCUCACCAGGGUAUCAGAUGGGAAAAACGUGUUGGUGUCUGAUUUUCAUUCCAAAGAUGAAGUUGUGGACGCCUUGUUGUGCUCCACCUUCAUCCCUUUCUACAGCGGCUUCAUCCCUCCCACCUUCCGAGGCGUGCGAUACAUAGAUGGAGGAGGGAGUGACAACCUGCCCUUAUUCGAUGCCAAAACGACCAUCACUGUAUCCCCCUUCUAUGGGGAGUUUGACAUCUGCCCUAAAACCAGGUCUACGAACUUUCUUCACGUGUACUUCAACACCAUGAAUAUGCGCAUCUGCUCAGCGAACAUCUACCUUCUGUUCAGAGUGAUUUGCCCUGCAGAUCCCAAGGUGCUUGGAGAGCUAUGCCUUCGAGGAUAUUUGGAUGCAUUGCGGUUCUUGGAAGAGAAUGGCAUCUGUGACAGGCCCCAACCGUGCCUGGAGUUAUCCCCAGAGUCCGAGGUCACUGGGCCCCGCUGGGAAAACAUGAGCCUGGAGUCUUCCCUGGGGCCGGCUGCCAUGGAGACAGGGCUCGAGGAGCAUGAGCUGUUGGACCACCUGGACUUCAGAAUCCUGCUCUGGGACAAGAGCAUCCUGCCCUGGGAUAAGGGCAUCCUGCCAUGGGAUGAGAGCAUUCUGGGGACCCUCUCGCCCACGCUCACUAUAGCACUGAGCAAAGCAGUCAAAGAAAGAGGUGGAUACAUGAACAAGAUUUGCAACUUCUUACCCAUCAAGAUAAUGUCCUACGUGAUGCUGCCCUGCACGCUGCCUGUGGAGUCUGCGGUCAUUUUUGCCCAGAGACUGGCGACGCGGCUUUCCGAUAUUCCUGAGGACGUGCAGUGGCUGCAGCGGGCGACCUCGAAGAUCUGUGCGCGAGUGAUGACAUGUGUUCUCCCCACUUCCAGAUCCCAAAUGCCAGCAAGCGGCCCACAGGCCUCCCCAUGCAAACCAGACACAACGGGCACUGCGGGACGCCCUGCUUCCCUGUGGACCUGGGUGCUGUCCCAUGGGCUGUCCAGGAGGGUCCGAAGCUGAGGCCGCCCCACAGUCCAUCCUCUAGUCCGGCCUGACCUUCUUCUCGGGAAACAGAGCGUCUGCAGGAUGGAGGGCUCUCUGCCUUCCCUGCUUUUCCACCGGAGGGGAGUUUCCGAGUCAUUUGAGGAGGCAAGUCUGGGCAAUUCUUUCAGAGGUCCUCACCCUUCCUGGUCCUCGUGCACCGAUGUGCACUGACCCCGUGCCUGUGUUGCGUAGGAGCCCAGCCUCCGUGCUGAAUCUCUAGUUUACUGAAACCAAAGGCAAUGGGUUUGGGUUUAUGAAAGGCUAGGAAGUGACCUUUGACAUAUGUGGAAGUCCAGCGCUUGAGGAAAUCCAGUAUUUGAGUGUCACUUAGCUCAGUCGGUUGGGGAUGGCAGUGAAAGCCCAACACAGAGGGUCCAUCACCAGCUCUGUUUCACAGCCCUGUCAAUGGUCAGACUGUCCUAGUGCGAGGUUCCUAGAACGGCAGGGCCCCGUGGUCAGGGCUGGGCUGGCCUUUGUGCAGUCUGGAGGUUGGGAGGAGGAAAGAAGCAGGAUCUCCCCUCCCCUCCGGGAAGCUGUCAGUGGAGUGGGAGGGGGUGCAGUCAUUUCCCAAGAAGAGCAUCGCCUGUCAGGUGACAUUAAAAGAUGAUAACUUACUUACCUUUUAGAACAUCUUUUUCACCUAACUAAAAUAAUUUUUAAAAUGUAAGGGAAAUUGUAUUAUCUGUUGAAUUGUAUAUUGUGUGAAUCAGUGAGAUGUUAAUCGAAUAAGCAUUAAAAGAAACCAGCCUGCAAGGCAGUCACCCGGCCGGCCCGGGCAGCUGCCACACAGGGUGGAAAACUCCACCUCCUUGCUGCUGGAGUCCCCACCAGGCCCCAGCGAACUCGGCUUCUUUUUACCGCAUGGUUCUGGCUGCAUUCCUUCUUCUCUCUUCGCUUUCCCUCACCACCUCACCCUCACUCUGUCCUCCCUACUCUGCCCGCCCUGAUGGACAAGCCUUUGAGACAAGAAGCCACCUUUUCCCCAGGUGUACUAAUUCGUAGCAAGCUCCAUGUAAUACGACUGAAGAUGAAAUUUGUGUGUUUCUUCCUACUUAUGCAUUUGAGUGUAACACAUAUAUAAUAAAAACAAAAAUGAAAGAAACAGUAAUAUGCUCAAACUCCUAAAGGCUGGCAAAGAAAGUUACGACUCUCACCUGUAUUGUGUAAGUGCCCUGGAGCUGAAGAACCGGCAAGUUCAGACAAAGCGCUUUAUUGAGAAGUUGGAAGGUGUGGUUCUGGGGGCAAACUGUGUGAGCCUGUUCUCCUGAUGAGAUUGUGAACUUCUUGAAGGCAGAGGCUGCUUGUGAAAUGAGGAGUGGUCACCGAGUGCACAGAAAACCCCUUCAGGGCAGGAGUGUGAG